CACCAAAAAGGGAACCUGGAAACUGGCCGGACUCGAGUUCGCAGAGUCGAUGGGGGAGAACGAGGGCACGGAGAGCAUCCCCUGCCAGCCGUGGUCGUCACGGGUGCCGAAACUCACCCAGCCCAGCCUCGACUUCAUCGCUCCCGAAGUGCAGACGACGUCCCAGUGCAGCCUGCUCAGUGAUAUGUUCUCCCUGGGCAUGGUGAUCUGCGCCGUGUUCAACAAGGGCAGGUCGCUGAUCGAGGCCAACCACAGCAACACCACCUACAUGAAGCAGUUCGAGCUGCUGAGUGAGCAGCUCAAGAACGUGCUGAACCUGAUCCCGGUGGCCCUGCAGGAGGCCGUGGUGAGACUGCUCAACAGGGACCCCAAACAGCGGCCCACCGCCCAGCUACUGUCGCUCAUCAAAUACUUCAGUGAUCCAGCCGUGCACGCCAUGCAGUUUCUGGAUGUCAUCGCCAUGAAGGACCCCAGUCAAAAGUCCAACUUUUUCCGGACCACCCUGCCGGAGGUGCUGCCGUACAUACCGCGGAAGCUUUGGUUCCAGCACGUGUGGCCCUGCCUGCGGGAGGAGAUGCUGACCCAGGAGGUGCUGGCCGCUGUCCUGCAGCCCAUCCUCAACAUCAUCAGCGAGAUCAGCGAGGACGAAUACGAGACCAUCAUCCUGCCCAGGUUCAGAUGCAUAUUCUCGUGGCCCAAAUCCAUUCAAGCGUCAGUGACACUGCUGGAAAAUCUGCACAUAAUCUUGCAGAAAACUCCGAAGGAUGAGAUCCAGACGGAAGUGAUGCCCAUCAUUUAUAACGCCCUGGACACCACCACUGCUCAAAUACAGAAAGCCUGUUUGAUGGCAAUACCGAAUGUCGCCGACUACAUAGACGAAGAAUCUGCACGAAAAAUUGUAUUCCCACGAGCAAAGGCGAUCUACGAAAAGAACUCUUCUGACCUCCUGAUCACGCUGUACACCCUGCUGGCCGUGGAGAAGGUGAUGGACAAGCUGGAGCGGCGCAUCAUCCUCGACGAGCUGCUGCCGCUGCUGUGGGACAACAAGCUGCAGGACCCGGACGUCAUACAGGCCACCGUCAACAUAUACCGGGUGAUGCUGACGGACAGCAAGAAGUACGGUCUGAGUGUGAACCUGAUGGCCACGCGGGUGAUGCCGUCGCUGCUGCCGCUGACGAUGAACGCUGCGCUGCACCUGGACCAGUUCACCAGCCUGCUGGAGGUCCUGCAGGAGAUGCUGGACACCAUCGACCGGAACCAGCGCAACAAGCUGAAGCUGGACGACCUGGUGCUGACGUCGCCGGAGCGCCGCUGGCCGUCGGCCGUGUCUCUGCGCCACCAUAACUCGUCCGACUACAUGGCCGCGUCGCCGCCGGCCUUCCACAUCCCCAACCUGCGCGUCGAGCACCGGCGCAAGACCAACAGCGCCGAGGACUGCAGCCGCAAGAGCAGCGGCUCGGCCGGCUCUUGCCCGUCGUCACCGGACAGUAACCGGCUGCGCGUGCACUCGGCGCUGAUCGGCCGCCGACUCUCCGACAACGAGCUGCUCAACCCGCCAAAGAUCCGCGUGGCGUCGCACUCGUGCGGUUCGUCGACGGGCGACCUGCGCGCGGGGCUGCUGCCCAUCCGGCGCCACUCGUCCACCUGCUCCAACGAGCGGCGCAACUCCAUGUUCAACCUCUCCCCGGCCACGCUGAGUCACCGAUACGGUCUGAGCGGCUCGGUGCCCAACACCAGCCUGCUGACACCGUCUCCGGGCUCGAUGGGCCGGCGUAAAUCGGCGGCCGGCGCGGCGCUGGGCGCCGUCGGCCUCAGCAGCUCCCUGAAGCACCGGCGCAGCUCCUAUGUGGCCCCCGGCUCCAGCAGCGGCAUCCUGCAGCAGCUCAGCACCGGCGUGAGUCAACUAUUCAAGUGAUUCUUCUACGGGCACUAUUAGACAGACUUCUGACAAAUCUGCACCGGCCUGGCCACCCGUCGCACCGCCAGCUCCGGCGGCAGCAGCCGGCCGCCGGGUCUGACCUUGAGCGGUUACCAUGGUGACAGAUCGGUGUGAUAUGGACGCGGAACUGACCGGCGCGGUGCUGUGGAACCGAACAAGGUGUGCGCCACGCAGAACUUCGUGUAAUGAGCUCACGCCCGCAUUCGUUGGUAGCACCAUUCAUUUUCGAUUGGGCCAUUUUAGAAUGCAUCAGAAACGCACCAGUCAAACGAUCUCAAGUGACAGGUUCUCAGGCCACCAAAGCGAUAGCAAUGCGACGGGGACAGCCGAACUCGGCGUGCUGGGUCCCGGCGUCCGAGCGUGACUGCGAGGUAGGCUGAGCCGCAGCGCCGGUGUGUGAUGUGGGACAGUCUACGCCCCAGUGAAGCGCCGCGGCGGCACGGCACGGCGCUGCUCCUGCCGCGACUUUAUCAAAUGCCGCGCUGUACAGUUAGUGUGUCGGGGUCGCCUCAACCCUCGCUCUGCCGCGAAAGUGUGGAAUGGGCUAACGGGUGGCGCCAUACGCCCAGCAUUGGACCAGGCCGAUACUGAAUUUGCAAUUCCCCCGGUCUCGUUCUCAGUCAGGGCCCGUGAAGACGACCAAUCUGGCGCAGCCCGGGCCGCCCCGGUUCAUAUCAGUCACUGGAAUACACCGGUGUGAUACGGUUGGCACCGCACGCGCUGCGCCGCGUGACAGCGAGGGUGCCUAUGGUGUCCCGGUGACUAGGGUGUCUAUCCUGCCGGGGAAAGGGGGCAGAGCCCGGGGCAGUGGGGGAGGCUCUCAGUGCAUGCCAGUUAACGUUCUGCGUUGUUGACUAACCUCGUUAAUGGAACAAUCAUUAAGAAUCUUUAUCGAUUUUGGUCGUUGUGAAUAAAGCGUCUCCUUCACAUGGCAGCAAAAUG